AUGCUGUUGAGCUUCGCCUAUCUAACACAGUUAUGGUCACUCGUUACGGCUCUCGGAUGGGCAGGUUGGUCGCCGUGGACGCCAUGCAGCAGAACGUGCGGUGGCGGUGUUUCUCAACAACUUCGUAGAUGCCUCGACAUCAAGUGUUCCGGUCAUUCCGUUAGGUACAGAGUGUGUAAUGAAAAGGAAUGCGGCACACUGCAACGAACAUCGAGGGAGACGGUUUGCGGUGGAGAAGAAAUCAUCUCAAAACAACAGUGCGAGGUGGUCUGCAAAUCUCGAACGACUGGGAGCCAUUUUCUAUGGCGAGUAGCUGAUGGCGUUCCUUGUCAUGCGGAGAGUCAUCGAGCAGUCUGCAGUCAUGGCACAUGCCAGAUCGUAGGAUGUGACGAUGUGAUCGGCUCUUCGCUGCGAUUUGAUGUCUGUGGCGUUUGCGGUGGAAGAGGCGACACCUGUGACAGUGCUCAGUUUGUGUGGAAAGAGUCUGGAGAGUUUACCCAAUGCCCAAAAUCAUGCGACGAAGCUGCUCGAGACUAUCACGAAGGCAAAGAGGACGAAAUACAUGAGUCUCGUGCUAUCAUCGUGUGUGUGAACGCGAACACUGGACGAGUUGUCCCGGAACGACUUUGUGCCGAUCGUAAACGGCCCCCUAUUACUGAGGGCAUUUGUCUGAAUGAACCAUGCGGCCACUGGGUAACUGGAGGUUGGACGAAAUGUUCAGCAUCUUGUGGGCAAGGCAUUCGAAGACGAACGGCGGAAUGCAUCGGCGGAAAGGACUGCCCGUUCACCUCAAGACCAAUAACUGAAGCUCCUUGCUACUCUGGAAUUCCGUGCCCAGAUCAAAUGCAGAACCCACAACCAUGGGGUCAGCUGGACAAUAGUAUCGACUGGAACGAUAGGAAGUUUUUGGAUGAGUCGUCCUACAGCAAUCCAUCGGAGACCAAUGGUCACUCGCCCAGGCUAAUACUUAGUUCAUGGAGUGAGUGCUCGACUACAUGUGGACCAGGGGUCCAGACUAGAACAGCCGAAUGUAUGGCUGCUCAUCCGAUGGCCGGCAUGAUCCGUUUGCCCUAUUCUGAAUGCCAAUCUCAACAACAACCAUCACUGUUCGAACCGUGCGAAGCUCGUCCUUGUCCGCUACAGGAAGACCCAAAGACAAAUCAUGACGAAACACCAUUUCGCUGGGAGAAUGGGGAUUGGGGACCAUGCUCGGCCAGUUGUUUAGGAGGAAAGCAAAAAGCAGCCUUGCUUUGUCGAGAAGUCGCCACAGGAAGAACUGUGCCAUGGUCACAAUGUGACGCUAGAACUCGUCCACCACAACUCGUCCGUCAAUGUAAUCAACACGCUUGCCCACCUGUCUGGCAGGUCGGGCCGUUUGGACCAUGCUCGGUUAGCUGCGGAGGUGGUACCGCUACCCGUUCUGUUAGUUGUGUUAGACCCGUGAGCCGUAGUGGAGGAGCAGACGCCCACAUUGUCCUUCGAGACAUUGAAUGUAACUUACCCAAACCUCUUGAUACCGAAGCUUGUAGUGUCGUAGCCUGUCCUGCCAGCUGGAUCAUCGGUGAAUGGUCCGAGUGCUCCGCCUCAUGUGGAUCCGGGGAACAAAGAAGAGCUGUUAUGUGUGAAGGGAGAGAUGCUAGAGGACGAAGGGAACGACGAGCUGAGAACGAAUGCCCUGCUGAUAAACCCCCAUCCGUACAGAUGUGUAGCUUAGGCUCUUGCGGAAAACCUCAGCUGCUUUCAAAUCGAGUUUUCGAGCAAAAUGCGUCUGAAAAGAAGCUCACACUUGGAAUUGGUGGUGUAGCAACCUUAUACCAAGGAACAAGCAUUAAGAUCAAAUGUCCACGCAAGAACUUUGACAAAAAGAAGAUCUAUUGGACAAAGAAUGGGAAGAGGAUAAGGAAUGAUGCACACAUCAAAGUGUCGGCAAAUGGAAAUCUUCGCUUGUUCCACGCUCGAAUGGAAGAUGCUGGAUUGUAUGAGUGCUACACAGAUUCACUUCAAGGAAAUGUCACAUUGAGGUUCAAGUAUCGGGAUGAUGACAAGCCCCAUCGCCCGCGUUUAUCGGAUUUGACCAAGAGCUUGAAAGGACAUGGCAAGAAUCACAACGCAUCACUUUUCGAGGCAAUUCUCUCUGCUGGUAGCUACGCCGAGGUCGCUCGUGAGCUGCAGAAACAUCGCGACAUCAUCCGAGCUCGUUGGGAAAUCGGCCACUGGACUGACUGUAAGCAGAGCACCUGUGGAGUUGCGGGUUAUCAGGCUCGUGAAGUGACAUGUAGCGUUAUGGUAGACGGAGCAAGAAAGACUGGUGAUGAACGUCUUUGCACUGCGUUGGCCUCUGUUCGUCCUCCAGAGACACGGCCAUGCCAUAGAGAAGAGUGCCCGAAAUGGGAUGCUAGCGAAUGGACUGCGUGCAAAUCCGCGCCAUGUGUGAGAGAAGGAACUGCCAAACAACGGCGAGAUGUAAGAUGCCUAAUGCAGAAUGGUGAAGCUGUAGACGAGGAACGUUGCGAUAAGACUCAAAGGCCAAAGUCGAGGAAGGAAUGCGAAAAUCAAGACUGUAAGGCCGAAUGGCAUACUUCUGAUUGGGGAUCAUGUUCGUCGAAUUGCGGAACGGGUGGUGUGCAGCUUCGCCUUCUUUCCUGCGUAUGGGCGAAUAGCGGCGCGGCAGCAGGACGCAACUGCGAGGGUCGUCGCCCUCCGGCAGCUCGCCCUUGCCCAAAUGCCGAUUCGCUUCCACCUUGUCGUCCCACUGCCCUUCCACUGCUACAAGAUGAAUCUUGCGAGGACAACUCGCGAUACUGUGAUAUAAUCAAAGUAUUCCACUCAUGCGAUUCUAACGAAGUUCGUCAGAAGUGUUGCGCGACGUGCAAGUAUAUGGAAAGACGUCGUUGA